CCUCUCCUGCGUCCUGCCUCCUGCGUCCUGCGUGCCGUGCGGCGUGUCGCGUGCCGCGCAUCGAUCCACGCGCCCCUCGCCCUCACCGCGCCCUCGCCCUUACCGCGCCGACCGGCAACAUUCAUUUGGACAAAUAUCAUUCCAUCAUUGCAUUUAGUCCUCCGUUCAUUUUAUUUAUUUGCUGUAGUUUUUUAUGUGAUUUAGUGCAUGUUUAGUCGCUAGUUAAUCAUACAGUAAUAUCGUGAAAAUGGGUGGCUGUGCAACUAAAGAAAACAAGGAAAACAAACCGGCGGACGGAAAAGCCGCAGCAAUGGUGGACGCCGCAACCAUCGAGAAAUUGGAGGCUGGCUUCAGCAAGCUCCAGGCUUCUGACUCCAAGUCCUUGCUGAAGAAGUACCUCACCAGGGAGGUAUUCGAUGCUCUUAAGAACAAGAAGACCUCUUUCGGCUCAACUCUCUUAGACUGCAUCCAGUCGGGUAUUGAGAACCUGGACUCCGGUGUGGGUAUCUACGCCCCCGACGCCGAGUCGUACACGGUGUUCGCGGACCUGUUCGACCCCAUCAUCGAGGACUACCACAAUGGCUUCAAGAAGACUGACAAGCACCCACCCAAGAACUGGGGCGACGUCGAAACUCUCGGCAACCUGGACCCCGCCGGCGAAUUCAUCGUGUCCACGCGCGUGCGCUGCGGCCGCUCCAUGGAGGGCUACCCCUUCAACCCCUGUCUCACUGAGGCCCAGUACAAGGAGAUGGAGGACAAGGUCUCCUCUACCCUGUCCGGCCUCGAGGGCGAGCUCAAAGGCACCUUCUUCCCGCUCACCGGCAUGUCCAAGGAGACCCAGCAGCAGCUGAUCGACGACCACUUCCUGUUCAAGGAGGGCGACCGCUUCCUGCAGGCGGCCAACGCUUGCCGCUUCUGGCCCACCGGCCGCGGCAUCUACCACAACGAGAACAAGACUUUCCUCGUCUGGUGCAAUGAGGAAGACCACCUCCGCAUCAUCUCGAUGCAGAUGGGCGGCGACCUGAAGCAGGUGUACAAGCGGCUGGUGACCGCCGUCAACGACAUCGAGAAGAGGAUCCCCUUCUCUCACAACGACAGGCUCGGCUUCCUCACCUUCUGCCCCACCAACCUGGGCACGACGGUGCGCGCCUCGGUGCACAUCAAGCUGCCCAAGCUGGCGGCGGACAAGGCCAAGCUGGAGGAGGUGGCCAGCAAGUACCACCUGCAGGUGCGCGGUACACGCGGCGAGCACACCGAGGCCGAGGGUGGUGUCUACGACAUCUCCAACAAGCGGCGCAUGGGCCUCACCGAGUACGAAGCCGUCAAGGAGAUGUACGACGGUAUCGCGGAACUCAUCAAAAUCGAGAAGUCCCUCUAAGAAGCUUUCGAUCUCGUGCUAUCAGUAUUUUUUUGUAUUAUUUAUCGUUUAUAUUAUUGGAUGUUGAGCGAAGCGUGCGGGCGG